UACCAACCUUUGGAGAAACUCCUGGGCUCAAUGGCAGAACAACUGAAGGGGGAUCCCGACGUUUUGGAUGAUUCAGACGUCAGGAGACAUGAUGAAUAUCUGCAUGAAGCCUUCCAGCGACUUAUUUUCGACUUUAUUUUAGAGCACCUCAAAGCCAAAAGCGAAUUUCUCGUACUGAAGAAGAACACUCAACGGCGGCGAAUAGAAAACGAAGAACCGAUGAAACAGCCUCUACCACCCACAUUUACCCUCCUUACUACGCACAACCCCACCCCUCAUCUGACCAGCGGUCCUACUACCGCUGCCUCCAAAAGAACCCGUAAAGAUGGAGAUGAUGACGAUUACAAAGAGCCACCUCGAUCCUCAAAAAGGUAUGUAGAUCGGAAUUCGCGGUUGCUUGUAACUGACAUGAGGCAGAACUUAGACUGGACCGCCAUGCCCACAUUCAAUGACAUGAACACAGAAAGUGACAGAAAUCCUCUCAAUAUUACAGAGUCUUCCUCACCGAGGACAGAUCAGGGACCUCCUACCACACAUAUUGCGCCGUAUUUUGUGGCAAUCAAGCAACCCAAGGGUAUGACCAGGAUCACGGAAGGAGUCAAAGGGUUAUAUAGAAGCCGACCUCAAUGGAUCUCCUACACUGGUCACCUCCUUCAGGCUCGUCCUGAUUGCACCCGAAUCUUGGGAAUAUAUGUCAAGGAAGAAGGGUUUCGGCUUGUCGUCAGCAAUGCCUGCGGCGUGGUCAAUCUGAAGGAGCUCCCUUGGAACGACAAGUGUGCCGUCCAACUCUUGUACGGUUGGAUAUCCCAACUAUAUGCUCCGUUUCAAGACCCCUAUACCAGAAGGGAACUCGUGUCCGAAGAUAUCAUCACUUUUGAGAUCGAGUAUCAAUACAUCUCGACAAAAGAACAGCCCAGAGAGCUCGAUAUUCUAUCCGGUAUUCAUACGAACGGGUCGUUUCCUGGUGUAAUCCGAAUCGACGCGGUUGCUCUGACAAGUUCCCAAGUGCUGGAUAUACCUACUAGAAGUCGACGAAAAAAUGGAUCAUCAGCCUCAACUGAACCAGAGAAAGCUCAAUCCGUUUCUGCAGAGCCCAAGAGCCAACAGAUAGUGGUAAGGCGAGAAAAGCCUGGAAUAGGGAAAGGGUGUCGAUCCAUCACUAUAAAGAAACGAAAGGUUUGCCUAGUGAUGCAGGACAAAGGCGUUCCAAUCAUGAAGGUCGCGGCGCCCCUUGAA